CGAGAAUUUCGAACUCUCACCACGUGCAUAUGUUUGAACCCUGAAAGCGCCAAGCGCUACGAUCCUCUGUACAGCUUUCUAGAAUAAUCUCUAUUCAAUGUGUCAAAUUCUUUGAAGCCUGAAAUCCAUUGGAAAUUACUGGCACGACGCUCUGUUCUGUGUCUCUCUUUUUACUACAUCCCACUCCAAUCGCUUCCCCGCAGGCCGCAACCCUUGGCAGCUCUCCAUUUUCAUCAAUGUCGAACUUUGAUCCCAAUGCCAUCAUUCGCGGGGCGCAAUUGACCAUCGUUGGAGCUUAUCGUGCAUUACAAAACCCGGCGCUCUUCAAAUAUGAGCAUUAUCGACAGGCUGCACUUGCAGUGUGCGCAGGUGUAGUUAUUCGUCUAAUUAUAGCCAUUCCACUUAUUGGAGUCCGUGUGUUGCUCUGGUUCCUUUCACUUUUUGUCAAUUUCGAAUCCACAACAUGGGACAAUGAUAUCAUUGACGGGAUGCAUUUCCUUGAGCAUUCCGUGCUACAGAUUCCGUUCUUUUUGAUGAGUCUGAUGAAAUAUCUGACACCCACCAUGGAUGAAAUGUUCAUGGAUUCCCUACAGUGGGUCGACAAAACCUAUUAUCAAAAACACAAAUCGGAGGAUCCCAAGAAUCUUAGAGCAACAUACUACCCCAAUCUCCGGAUGUAUACGGCUCAUGGGGAUCCUCACAAGCACAAGAGACCACGAGAAGCAGCCUUGAAGUUCUUGAUGCAGUAUUCGCGGAAAGCAGCCAUCUCUCUGGCCAUCUACUUUCUCUCCUAUACGCCUGUUAUUGGAAGAUUCGUCCUCCCAGCUGCAAGUUUUUACACGUUCAACAAGGCCGUGGGACCCGUUCCUGCUGUAGCCAUUUUCGGAAGUGGUCUUUUCUUGCCCAAGCGAUACCUUAUUGUCUUCCUGCAGAGCUACUUUGCUUCAAGGAGCUUGAUGAGGGAAUUGCUAUCUCCUUACUUCAGCCGCAUCAAGUUCACAUCUGCGCAAAGACGGCAAUGGUUCCAUGAUCGAGAGGGGCUGCUAUUCGGAUUUGGUGUAGGGUUUUAUUUAUUUCUGAAAAUCCCGCUGUUGGGCGUUCUCAUAUAUGGGAUUGCAGAGGCUUCAACGGCCUAUCUAGUCACCAAGAUUACGGAUCCGCCGCCGCCUCCAGCUUACAGUGAAAAGUUUGCUGAGAGUCAGAUCCGGUGGUCAAAUAAGAAAGAGUUUUUGAAACUGCCGUUGACUGAUCUCGACGCACAUAACGCCGAAACUGGAGAAGAUUCAGAGAAAGCGCAAGAAGCACGGCGCAGAAUCUUCAACCAGGGACUGCCAGCAAAAAAGUUUACCUGAUAUAGCAGCUGAUUAAAAAGCAAUUAUUAGUCCAAUAUCAAAUCAAGGAGAACUCGAUCGUUUCCCGCGGCUUCUGGCGCCCUAGAUAAUUUGAUUUCUGUAGCACUGGAAUCGAUAAUUGACUAAUUGUUUCGCCUCUUGACUAUACUUUCCUGCCUGAUCUACUGAAUUUAGCUUGGCAUGACUGGAUAAGAAAGAGCUGAAUCGUUGUUGAUGUUUAACCAAAAGCGCACUAAAGCAGAGUUUAGCUGGAGGAACUCAAACUUGUUUGGGGGCAACCCAACAGGGAAGGGGAAAAAAAAAAUAACCAACACAAAGACGGAGCAGACCGCCACUGAGGACAAGUGUAAUAAUAGCAAGUUGAUAGAAUGAAUUGAAUAGAAAGCAG